AAUAACAGAUCCUAUACCUGUAUAUUAAUUACAUUGCUAUAAAGUGAAUUUUACAAGAUAUUAAAGGUUUCUCUAAGUAGGGUGCAUAUAAGCAAACCAAUGACAUUCAGAGAAAACAUUAUUACACUUUCUAGACUGAAAUAACUUGUGUCGACUCAAAAGAGCCAUUUUUAUCUUUGGGAGGGUUACUGGUCCUCUAAUGAGGAAUGAAAAUCAAGAGAGAGAAAUGUGUUGUUUGGUCACACAAAUUAUUUAUGAUCUAUUUCAUUUCAGUCGCAGCUUGAUUUGCUCGGUUGUCGGAUUUGGAGCUGCUUCUUUUGCUACUAAAGGGGCAUUUGUCUGGAUUCAAAUCCUAAUGAAGAGAGUCUACAAUGAGCAGGAGCGAUAUUACAUACUUGGAAGGAAUAUUGAGUACAGCACACUAUAUGAAUUAGGGAAAUGCGUGUCCGUUGUGCUUGGCAUUGUAUUGGGCACAGUGAUCAGUUCCAUUCGCCGAAAAGCGAAUCGACGAGCAGAUCCGAUACUGUGCGCCAUAGGACUUCUCCUGGCUAUUCCACUUAUGUGCUUGAGUAUUUUCCUAAUGAGGAUGAGUUUCUUCACAGCUCAAGUUUUCCUCUUUUUAAGUUGGAUUUGCCUGUCUCUGAACCAGGUCCCAGUAAACGAAAUUAUUCUGACAACAGUGCUUCCAACCCGCUUCGGUUGGGCAUUUUCUGAAAAGUCAGUUGUAGAAUCAAUAAUGGCAGAUAAAGGGGUUACAAAACUCUUGCAUUGGAUUUUUGAAAGACUAAAUAGAGCCGCACCAUACCUGUCCCAGAACAGUACAGAGGUCAUUCUCUUGAUUAUCCCAUUCAUGGCUUUCGUCGGAGCUGGAUUAUUUUUACUUACAAGUAAAUAUAUUGAAGAGGAUGAGAAGAAAGUAAAGCAAUUUAUGAAUACACCAGAUCCUGUGCUACCUUAGAAGAAGAAGGUACAUGGCUUUCGUCGGAGCUGGAUUAUUUUUACUUACAAGUAAAUAUAUUGAAGAGGAUGAGAAGAAAGUAAAGCAAUUUAUGAAUACACCAGAUCCUGUGCUACCUUAGAAGAAGAAGGUACAUGGCUUUCGUCGGAGCUGGAUUAUUUUUACUUACAAGUAAAUAUAUUGAAGAGGAUGAGAAGAAAGUAAAGCAAUUUAUGGAUACACCAGAUCCUGUGCUACCUUAGAAGAAGAAGGUACAUGGCUUUCGUCGGAGCUGGAUUAUUUUUACUUACAAGUAAAUAUAUUGAAGAGGAUGAGAAGAAAGUAAAGCAAUUUAUGGAUACACCAGAUCCUGUGCUACCUUAGAAGAAGAAGGAACAGAGUGAUGGUUACGGAUAUAGCUGGCAGUAGUGUGGGGGUGAUAUUUUACGACACGCUUAAAAAAUGUAAUGAAAAACAUUACACACAAUAGUGUAUUCUAUACUGAAAGAAAAGGAAAAAACUUUUUUGGGGUAUGGUCCAGUUGAUCCAGGGACUAGUCCGAUUGCCAUCUUGGAGUCAGGAAGGAAUUUUUUCCCCUCAGCGGCAAAUUAGAGAGGCUUCAGAUGGGGUUUUUUGCCUUCCUCUGGAUCAACUAGUAGUUAGGCAGGUAAUAUAUAGGCAUUACGGUUGAACGUGAUGGACGUAUGUCUUUUUUCAACCCAGCUUACUAUGUUACUACGUAUUAUCCAAAGUUUGGGUGAGAAAUCUGUAACUCAGCGUAAGGACUAAACCUGCCAAAACCAAAAGUCAAUGUGGACCAAAGAUGUGUACACCUUCUCCGCCAAAGUCAGAUUCUAUCCCGAAAGCACAAGCAAGUUACAACAAAACCAACCCUACAGAAGACUAAAAUACCCUUGGUGAACUCUGAAGAAGUUGCUAUCUAUUGCCAUGAAAUUUGAAGCCUGAACAUGUGCUUUUGAGAAUUAUUUAAUAAAUGAUAAUAAUAAUAAUAA